UGCUCUCUCCCUUCAGCCACUCGAGUCACCAAACAGGCAGAGGCGUGGCCGCGUGAGUACCCUCUCGGAUCUCCCCGCUCGCCGUUGAACCGCCCGUCGCCGCCGGCGCACCACCGAUGGCCACCCCGGACCUGCUCUUCAACCUGCGCAACCUCUUCUACCUCGGCGCCUACCAGGCGGCCAUCAACAACAGCGACGUCCCGGGCCUCGACGCCGACGCCGACGCCGAGCGCGACGCCAUCGUCUUCCGCUCCUACAUCGCCCUCAGCUCCUACCAGUUGGUGAUCAGCGAGAUCGACUCGUCGGCCGCAACGUCGCUGCAGGCUGUGAAGCUGCUCGCGCUGUACCUCUCCGGCGACAAGGAAGGUGCAAUCUCCAGUCUCAAGGAAUGGCUGAGCGAUUCAGCAAUUGGAAGCAAUCCUGUUCUGCGAUUGAUUGCUGGAAUUAUAUUUAUGCAUGAGCAAGACUACAAUGAGGCUCUCAAGCACACACACUCUGGAGGAACUCUGGAUUUGCAUGCAUUGAAUGUCCAGAUCUUUAUUAAGAUGCAUCGUUCAGACUAUGCUGAGAAGCAAUUGAAGAUCAUGCAACAAAUUGAUGAAGAUCAUACUCUGACACAACUUGCAAAUGCAUGGCUGGGCAUUGCUGUUGGCGGCUCUAAGAUCCGUGAAGCUUAUCUCAUAUUCCAAGAUUUCGCUGAAAAGUACCCAAUGACAGGGAUGGUUCUGAAUGGUAAGGCAGUUUGUUGUAUGCACAUGGGAAGCUUUGAGGAGGCCGAGACUCUAUUGCUUGAAGCAUUGAACAAGGAUGCAAAAGAUCCUGAAACUCUUGCCAAUCUUAUUGUAUGUAAUCUCCACCUUGGCAAACCAUCAUCGCGAUUCCUCAGCCAGCUGAAGCUAUCGCAUCCUGAUCAUGUGCUAGUUAAGAGCGCGGCAUCGUCAGAAGCCAACUUCGAGAGGGCUCUCCAAGCUGUCGCUUGAGCUCGACAAACCCCUGCCUGAUUACAGAAAGCGGCACAUUGAUCCCGUUUUCCGUUUUGAAUGUGUUAACACAGUGAAGUAUGAUGGUUUUUCGAAUCUUGUACUAGAACAACUGCUGUAUAAACGAAUAUGUAGAAUAUCGAGUUGUUACAUUUGUCAUUAACAUCGCUGUUCUGUUUUAUUCUGCCCGAUUACUAAUACUGUCGAUUA